AUGUACUCACCACGACCCCGAGAACAUGAUGCUUACACGAGGGACGACAACCCAUUGAUGGGAUCUGGUUACUAUGACGACUAUGAAGCCCUCACGGAGUAUGCUUGUGGCAAUCGAGCGAGCUCGAGACACGAUACGGGCCCGGUCGAUCGCCCACGCGAGACUGAUCUAUACUUUGACAGGCGCUAUCGAGAGCGAGGCAUUCAACGCAGAGACAGCCCAGAGUUCGAAGCUGCUUCAACGUAUCACGAACGCGAUGGGUAUCAGGAACGCGAUGGGCAUCGAAUGAACACUCCUCCCCAUGAGGUCCGUCGAGGCCGUGAUGAAUUUGGGAGAGACCUCAGAGUGAAUCGGUCUCCGAGGCGCGAUCGUUCCAUGUCCCCCGACUGGCGGGAUCGUCACUUGUCUUCUACUUACUUUCCCCCUCGACCCAUUCGGCCGCCACGAGAGAAGCGUCAGCCUCGUCAAUCCCACGGCGCUGACUACCUUGCGCAACCAAACAACCCAAAUGCAAUGCCCAUUGGCAAGCGCGGAGCCGCAGAGCGCAGCCCUCUUCCCAUGUCCAGCGAAGUGAACGUCCCGCCACCACGUUUCGCUGAUGCUCGUCACGCUUGUCCACCUCGCAGGCCGGCUCGAGUUAUCUGUUCUAUUGGCCUCAACACUUUCAAUGCCGCGUCCUCACGUCAGCAGGCCAAUGUCUCGGCCACUACAAAGCCUCUACCACUCCCUGAGCUUCCCCUCAACAUCCAUCCCUCUAGGCGCGCUGCGAUGUCUCAGAAUUCGUCGGAAGGCGGAGGAUCUCGUGAGGCCGCAAACAUGAUAACUCCGCGCAAUCAUCUGGAAACUAUUGCCCAGUCCAUCGAGCCCUCCGACAAGGAUGGCCCAGCUCUCAUGAGUAAAGGGAGCAAUGCGAACGCCGUGCCUUUGGGUUCGGGCAAGAGGACGAGGUUCUAG